AUCGCGCAUCCGGUGUGGUGUGACGUCAUCAAUCUCGGCAAACACUUGCCUGCUCUCGGAGUUGGUUGAAGUUUCUUCGAAGUAGCAACCUUUUGUUUUUCUUGCUUUUGCCUUUUUUGGACGGCCGAAAGUCGGAGCCCAGCAGGCGCGUGCACAUGCGCGUGUUCCAAGUGCUCUUUGUCCCCCGCGCGCGACCUGCACGGAACAACAACAACAACAUGCUCGCGCGCGUGCUGGUCCUGGUUCUGCUCGGCUCGGACGGCUUGUGUGCCGGCGGUGUGACGUUCACCAAGCAUCCCGCCAACCAGACGGUGUCGCAAGGCCACGGCGUGCGUGUGGGCUGCGCCGUGGAAGGUGUGGAGGAACCGGAAGUGGUGUGGAUGAAGGACGGCCAGCAGCUGCUGGGCAGCGACCAGAUGUUCAUCUCGCUGGGAGACCAGCACUGGGAGACCUUCCACAGCCUGAAGGCGGUCCAGCAGCAGGAUGCGGGUCAGUACUGGUGUGAGGUGGACUUCCACGGCACCACCUUCUCCUCCCAGCGGGCCUGGAUCACAGUGGAAGGCGUCCCACACUUCAUCCUGGAGCCCCAGGACGUGUCCACACAGCCCCACACGCCCUUCAACCUCAGCUGCGGCGCCGUGGGCCCGCCCGAGCCUGUGGAGGUUCUGUGGUGGCUGGGGGGGGUUCGCCAGGCCGAGGCCAGACCGUCCCCGUCCGUCCUGGUGGUCCCAGGUGUCAACAACACCCUCAAGUUCUACUGCGAGGCCAAGAACGCACGCGGGAUCUCCGUGUCCAGAACCGGGACUGUCUUCAUCAAAGUGUUGCCCUCAGCUCCUGUUGGACUCACAGUGGACCUGACCCCGGCCAAAGAGGUAAUGUUGUCAUGGCAACCAGGAUUCACUGGUCAUUCCCAGCUGUCCACCUGUGUCAUACAGCUGCUAUGGCGUGCUCCCAGGAGGCGGGACUUUCUGGACGAGGAGGUUGUGGUUGCUCCUCAGCGACACGAGGAGGUUGUGGUUGCUCCUCAGCGACACGAGGAGGUUGUGGUUGCUCCUCAGCGGCACGAGGAGGUUGUGGUUCCUCCUCACCAACAUGUCCUCUCUGGACUCCGCCAUCACGCCAACUACAGCGUGAGAGUUUCCUGUGUUAACGAGUUGGGGGCGUCGCCCUUCUCUUCCUGGACGCACUUCCUCACACCUGAGUCAGUGCCCACCACAGCACCCAGGAACCUGACCUUUGACCUCUCUGAGAAGCAGCUGACCCUGAGGUGGGCGGGGCUGGAGGAGGCGGAGCUUCAGGGUGAGCUGCUGGCCUACAAGGUGCAAUGGACGGUGGGAGGAGAGCGACAGGAGCCUCUGCUGUUUAAGGACACCUGGGCUCACCUGUCCGGGGGCGGGCGUUUCUUUAACGCCUCGGUCCAGGUGUCAGCCUGCACGCUGAUCGGAUGUGGACCCUGGAGCCCCUUGGUUGUGGUGCUUCCUUCUGCAGGUGUCGGCGUGCAGCGGAACCACCUUUGGGUAGGCGUGCUCUUUGGACUGCUGGCGCUGAGCGUGCUGGCGCUGCUCUUCUCCGUGUUUGCUCGGCGGCGAGGGAAGGAGACACACUUUGGGCGGGUUUUCCAGCCAGAUAGAACCGACGCUUCCGUGUCCUUCACGGCCGCUCGCUCCUUCAACAGGAACGCUGGCGACAUGCAGUCCACACUGGACACUCUGGGCAUCAGCCAGGACCUGAAGAACAAACUGAAGGAUGUUCUGAUCCCAGAGAGGCAGCUGGUACUCGGUCACAUGCUGGGAAAAGGUGAGUUCGGCUCCGUGCGUGAAGCCUUGCUGAAGGCGGACCACUCACCGGCCCAGAAGGUGGCAGUCAAAGUUCUGAAAUCCGACAUCACCUCGUCAAGUGACAUCGAGCAGUGUCUGAAGGAGGCGGCCCACAUGAAGGACUUCCACCACGCCAACGUCAUCCAGCUCAUCGGAGUCAGCCUGCAGCCACGUCCUGGUCAACGUUUGCCCAUCCCCAUGGUGGUCCUCCCCUUCAUGAAGCAUGGAGACCUGCACACCUUCUUGCUCCUGUCCAGGCUGGGAGAUCAGCCAUUUGACUUGUCCCUCCAAGUCCUGGUCCAGUUCAUGGUGGACGUGUGUCGGGGGAUGGACUACCUGAGCAGGAGGAACAUCAUCCACAGAGACCUGGCUGCUCGCAACUGCAUGCUGGAUGAGAAGAUGGUGGUGUGUGUGGCAGACUUUGGUCUGUCCAAGAAGAUCUACACAGGAGAUUACUACAGACAAGGAUCACUUUCUAAACUUCCAGUCAAAUGGAUCGCUUUGGAGAGUCUGGCUGACAACGUCUACACAACACAGAGUGAUGUGUGGGCAUUUGGUGUGACCAUGUGGGAAAUUAUGACCCGGGGUCAGACUCCAUAUCCAGGCGUAGACAACUCUGAGAUCUACGAGUAUUUGAUCCGAGGAGAUCGUCUGAAGAAACCUGCUGAAUGUAGACAAGACAUCUAUGACAUCAUGCACAGCUGCUGGAGUCCAGUCCCCAAGUGCCGGCCCACUUUCCAACGCCUGGCGGUCCUGCUGGAGACACUGCGACUGGGCCUGUCCCCUUCUGAGCCUCCAGAGGACUUCUUCCAUUAUGUCAACGUGGAGGCGGAGCAAAGAGAGGGAGGUGGGGACCAGGACCCGCAGAAGGAGAACAGGUGCAGCGUUCCUUGGCGGCGUGGCGUGAAGGAGGGCGAGCGGGAGGACUGGAUGAUGGCGGGGUCUGGCGCUGCGCUGGCCAUCGCAGGAGGAGACUAUAGGUACAUGCAGGACCCCUGUGGGGGCGGGGCUGGACUGGAGGAGGACGACGACGUGGUUAUUCACGUGUAAACGCACCCGGUUGGACCUGAGGUCAGCUGACAGGAUGAACUUUGACCUGGAUUGAGUUGUGACAACUUGUAGCUAGCAUGCUAAAUGCUCACGCUAACAGGAACGACUGUGUGAGCGCCCCGAAUGAAAAAGCAGGAAGGACUUUCAUUGUGAAGGCUGCUGCUAACACUGCUAACUGCUACAUGCUAAGUGCUAGCAUAAGAACAAACCUUUCUAUCAUAACACAACAUUGAUCAAUUUGAAAUAAACUGUCCAUAAAUUAGCUUGCUGCUACCAUAUGGACAACUCGCUUACCAAGUUAGCUUACGUUGUUAUUGCUUGUGCUAUUUAUGCUAACUAAAGUCAUGCUAGCACUUGUUGGCUGCAUUUCAUGCUACCCCGACGGCGAUGUUAAGCUAGCAGUCCAUGCUAACAUACGCUAGAGAAGCUACAUUUAAAGAUUGAUGACAUAACAGUGUCAAGC